UGACAAAUGACACAUGUCACACCAAUAAACAUGCCGAUUGCCGAUUCGUGUGCCGUUUUUGCUAGGGAUUGAGGUUAUAAAAUUGAAUCAAAAGUAAACUAAGUUGUGAAUAAAUAUAUAAUAAUGGUUAAGAAGAAGAUAGAUAAUCGUAUUAGGGUGAUGAUAGAGAAUGGAGUCAAGUUGGGACAUCGCACGAUGAUUUUACUCGUUGGGGACAAAAGUAGAGAUCAGGUGCCUAUUCUGUAUGACAUGCUGGUCAAAUCAACAGUAAAAGCUCGUCCGACGGUUCUGUGGUGCUAUAAAAAUAAAGAUGAAGCUAUAAGCAAUCAUGGCAGAAAAAGAGCGAAAAAGAUAGCAGCUGGUAAACUGGAAGUUUCGGAGGAGUCUCUGUUUGACGCAUUCAGGGUUGCAACAACAAUUCAUGGUCGAUACUACUCUGAGAGUCACACCAUGCUAGGUCAGACAUAUGGCAUGUGUGUGCUGCAGGACUUUGAAGCUCUUACACCUAAUCUAAUGGCUCGAACAAUAGAAACUGUGGAAGGAGGCGGGCUAAUUAUUUUCCUGCUUAAAACCAUGGAUUCAUUACGGCAACUGCAUUCUAUAACAAUGGAUGUCCACUCGAGGUUUAAGACAGAAGCGUAUGACACAGUGGUAAAUCGGUUCAAUGAGAGAUUUUUACUGUCAUUGGCUGAUAACCCCAGGUGUUUAGUGCUGGAUGAUUCACUCACAGUAUUACCAAUAUCAUCGAAAACUGCACAAGUGGACCCAGUAGAUGCUACACCUGAGCGCGUUAACCCAAAGUUGACAGACUUAAUAUCGUCUUUAUCCGACUCGCCACCAGCUGGCCCAUUGGUGGCUCUAUGUAGGACGUAUGAACAGGCCACAGCUCUCAUAGCGCUCAUUAAUACCCUCGCUGAUAAACAGACUAGACCACCUCACUGCCUCACAGCGGCGCGCGGGCGAGGCAAGUCGGCGUGCCUCGGACUCGCGGUCGCUGCGGCCGUGUCCCUCGGAUACGUCAACAUAUACGUCACGUCACCACAUCCAGAGAACUUGAUCACGCUGUUCGAGUUCGUGCUGAAAGGCCUAGACGCGUGCUUGUACCAGGAGCACAUAGAUUAUAACAUUGUUAGGUCGACUAAUCCAGAUUUUAAGAAGGCUAUUGUCAGGAUAAAUAUUGCAAGGAACUCGAGGCAAACUGUGCAGUACAUAACCCCAGACGAUCACUCCCUCCUGGCGGCGGCAGACUUGGUGCUAGUGGACGAGGCGGCAGCCAUUCCCCUGGUGCACGUGUCGGCGGCUGCGCAGAAGGCUCCCCUGGCGCUGCUGUCCUCCACCGUGUCGGGAUACGAGGGCACAGGACGUGCGCUCUCACUCAAACUGUUCUCACAGCUACAGACCCAACAUAAUGCGCCUCCACCGAUAAAACUCGAAGAGCCAAUACGUUACCGCACAGGAGACCCAGUAGAAGCCUGGCUGAAUAGCCUCCUGUGCCUGGAGGCUCCGGCCCCGUCCCCCGGCGCAGGUGCUCCGCCCCCCGCCGCGUGCGAGCUAUACCGCGUCAAUAGAGACGCGCUGUUCUGCUAUCACAAGGCAGCCGAGGCGUUCCUGCAUCGACUUGUGUCCAUUUAUGUGUCCAGUCAUUAUAAGAACAGUCCCAACGACCUGCAACUACUCGCGGAUGCGCCUGCGCACUGUCUGUUUGUACUGCUGGCACCGACACCACGCAACUCCACCGCCAUGCCAGAACUGUUGUGUGUUAUACAGAUGUGCCUCGAAGGAAAUAUUUCCGACAAGACAGUGCGUGACAGUCUCGGGCGCGGUCGUAAGGCGGCCGGCGACUUGAUACCGUGGAAUAUUUGCGAACAGUUUGGCGAUAAGGACUUUCCGAAAUUAUCCGGAGCUAGAAUAGUCAGGAUUGCGACGCAUCCUUCUUAUCAAAGGAUGGGAUACGGCAAGCGUGCCCUACAACAACUAGCGGCGUACUACAGCGGCGAUAUACCCUGCCUUGACGAGGAACAAUCUGAUGAAGAAGACAACCAAACAAACGCACAGACAAACAAUCUGCACACGGAAACCAUCGCGCCCAGAUCUAAGCCCCCUACAUUACUCCGUCGCCUGUCAGAAGUGAGAGCGGAACAUUUAGACUAUCUAGGGACCAGUUUUGGCCUAACUGAAGAAUUGCUCAAGUUCUGGAAGUCUCAGAAAUAUGUUCCGGUUUAUUUGAGUCAAAAAGCAAACGAGCUGACAGGCGAACACUCGUGUAUAAUGCUGCGAGCCCUUCGCGACCCGUCGUGGGUGGCGGCCUACAGCGGAGACUUCAGGCGGAGGCUGUCUCGAUUACUAGGCAGGUCGCUGCGGAAGCUGUCCUGCUCUCUCGCGCUGUCCACCCUCGUCAAUGACAGCGUGAAGCUUGACAAGCCGGAACUAACGAAGCAGUUGAUAGAGCAACACUUCUCGGGCCACGACCUGGGCCGCAUCGAGGCGUACUCCAAGCAGCAGGCGGAUUACAGGUUGAUCACAGAUCUACUCACGCCGCUGGCCAAUCUCAUAUUCCACGCUAAAAGCAAUAUCAAGUUGGAUGCUGUGCAACAGGUGAUAUUCAUAGCAAUGGGCUUCCAAAUGAAAGACGUGGACGACAUCUCAUCAGAGCUCGGUCUACCAUCCUCUCAAAUCUUGGCCAAGUUCUACGAGGCGUGCAAGAAGAUUAACUCUGGAUUGAACGCCGUUCUAGAAGAUACAGUGGCUAAAGAGAUCGGCAUAGAAGAUAAAACAGCAGAUGACGUUAACAUCCAGGGUCCAGUCAAGGAGAGUCUGCAGCAGGAGUUGUCCAAGGCUGCUAAGGAAUUGGAGCGCAAGCAGCGUAAGGAGUUGUCCCGGUUGAUGGGAGAGGACCUCGCGCAGUACCGCAUCAAGGGGUCCGACAUGGACUGGGGUCAGGCGCUCGCCGCUUCCAAGCAGAAGAACAUCGUGUCAGUAAAGAGUGGAGAGAAGCGGCUCGGUGACGACAGCAAAGAAAUCGACGAACUAAUAGAAGCCCACAGCGAGAAAAAGAAGAAGAAAAAGAAACACGUCAGAAAUAAUAUGUAGUAAACGAAAUUUUUUCCUA